AUGCCGGAACCUCCGUCUGCACCUACCCAAAGAUCAACCAGUACAACGACUACAACUACAAAUUCUAGUCGCUCUGCUAUUGCCGAUUUCAAACGAGGAGUAAAACGAGACAAGACGCACUAUCCAGUUCUUAAAGAUGACCGUUAUUGGGACAACUUCUACCGUACUUUUGUCGUUACCGCAGUAUCGCACAAUGUAGUGAUAAACAAGUCAUCAUCUGCUUUUCAUGCCAACUCCCACUCUUUAACCGAUACGGGACACCCCUCAUCAACGGACGAAUUGUUGCACGAAAACGGCAACGGUAAAUUCCAUGAGUGCGGGAACGACACGGAACUGCUUGCACACCUUACUGAUUGCUCAAGUAAUAUGGCAAAUGGAGACAUUUGCAAGGUCCUUGCUUCAGCUUCCUCCUAUAAGCAAAAUUCAAAGAACUCCCUGCUGUCAAAUAUGCUCGAGUACAGUAUUUCCCGACACUCCGUUGCUGGGACUACAUCCUCCCUCAUCAACAGAGGCGCAAACGGCGGACUUGCAGGAAGCGAUGUUAAAAUCCUUAACAAAAGAGGCCGUUCUGCAAGCAUCACGGGUAUUAAUGACCAUACUUUGCCUGAUUUGGACAUUGUCACCGCCGCCGGCCUUGUUGAAUCCCAAAAUGGACCCAUCAUUGUCAUACUUCACCAGUACGCACACCAUGGAAAAGGUAAAACAAUUCAUUCUAGUGCGCAACUUGAGUAUUACAAGAAUAUUGUUGAGGACCAUUCCCGUGUUUUAGGAGGUAAACAAUGUAUCAUAACUCGAGAUGAUUAUGUUAUUCCUCUACAUGUUUGUCAAGGACUAGCUUAUAUGGACAUGCGACCUCCUUCCGAUACGGAAUUUGACACGUUACCCCACGUUGUACUUACUUCCGAUGUCGACUGGGACACGUCCAUUAUUGACAACGAAAUUGACCUUGUCACAGAUUGGGAUGAUGCCGUCCAGGACCUUCCCAGCGACGUACGUGGAACCCUGCACGUUGCGAACUUUGACAUUUUUUCGUCACCUGACUUUGUUGAUCGGUCCACGGCUAUCAAUAAUAUACUCUUGUCAAAUCAACAUGACAUGACCCCCAAUCCACACAAUUACGAAGCCUUGCGUCCUUGUCUUGGCUGGAUCUCCGCCGACACAGUCCAGAAAACCAUUAUGGCCACUACGCAAUUCGCUCGUGAAGUCUAUAAUGCACCCAUGCGUAAACAUUUCAAGUCUCGUUUUCCGGCACUUAACGUUCACUGGCGCAACGAAGCUGUAGCUACUGAUACCAUUUGGUCGGACACGCCUGCUGUUGAUGAUGGCGCUAAAUUUGCGCAAUUAUUUGUCGGUAGACAAUCGCUUGUCACCGACAUUUACCCUAUGAAAACAGACAAAGAGUUUGUUAAUGCUCUCGAAGACAAUAUUCGUCAUCGUGGCGCCAUGGAUAAACUCAUCAGUGAUCAUGCUAAAGCCGAGAUCAGCAAGAAAGUUUCUGAUAUUACCUGCGCUUACCACAUUGAUCAAUGGCAAAGCGAGCCUAAUCACCAGCACCAAAAUUAUGCCAAACGCCGAAUUGCAACUGUCGAAGCAAAUGCGAAUAAAAUUCUAAACAAAACUGGUGCACCCAAUUCUACAUGGUUAUUGUGUGUUUCCUACAUUUGUUAUUUGUUUAAUCAUUUGGCACAUGAGUCUUUGCACAAUUGCACUCCUCUUGAAAUUCUUAAUGGUAGUACUCCUGAUAUUCGCGUACUCCUUCAAUUCCAUUUCUGGGAACCAAACUACUACCAACUUGAAGACCCUACUUUUCCUUCCGAUGGAACUGAAAAGAAAGGCCAUUUUGUUGGAAUUGCAGAUUCCGUUGGUGAUGCCCUUACCUAA